AUGCUGGCCAACAUGAUCAUCCAGCGGUUGGCCAUGAUCGUCGCCGUCGCGGGUCAGGCCUGUUCAGCUGUCCGCCCAUCAUUCAUGACACCGCGGUUCUAUGUGCACCAGCAAGCAAACACUGUUGUUGCUGCAGCCGAAGGCCGAUAUCCCGCACGCAACAUUUCAGUUCCUGUCGACCACUUCCACAACGACAAAUCCUACGAGCCGCACUCCAACGACACAUUCCAACUGCGCUAUUGGUUCGACGACAGCCACUAUCGCGAUGGAGGGCCCGUCAUCGUCCUGCUUGGCGGCGAAACCAGUGGCGCGGAGCGGCUACCCUUUAUGGAGAAGGGUAUCCUAUAUCGCCUCGCCCGGGCAACCAGGGGCAUGGCAGUCGUGCUUGAACAUCGGUACUAUGGCGCGAGCUUUCCGACUCCCAACCUUACAACUGAAAAUCUUCGCUUUUUGACCACGGAUCAAGCUCUUGCCGACACUGCCUUUUUCGCCAAGAAUGUCGUUUUUCACGGGUAUGAAAAUAAGAACCUGACGUCGUACACCACCCCCUACUUUGCCUAUGGCGGGUCGUAUGCAGGCGCCUUUGCGGCUUUUGUCAGGAAGCUCUAUCCGGAUGUGUUCUGGGGCGCUAUCUCGUCGUCCGGGGUGCCGCUCGCCGUGAUCGACUACUGGGAGUACUGUGAGGCCCAGAGGAAAUUUGCACCGUCAGAGUGUGUGACCGCCACCCAAAAGCUCACCGAUGCGCUUGAUACGAUUGCUCAAGAUGGGGAUUUUGAGCACAUGAAGCAACUCAAGGAGGUGUUUGGUUUAUCCAACCUCACAAACCGGAACGAUUUCGCCAACGUGCUCUCGUCUGGCAUCAUGGGCUGGCAGUCGCUCAACUGGAAUCCAAAGGUGAGCAACAACCUGACGUACGAGUACUGCGCCAACGUCUCUUCCAAGAUCAUCAAGUAUCCUGCGACGAGGGCCCUGAGGAGUCAAGUGCGAGAUCUGCUCGUCCUGGGCGGCUACAAGGAUGCAAACGACCUGGAGACUCUGACGCCGCAGAUGUUGAACUACAUCGGCUGGAUCAACGCCACCUCGGUCAAGGAUUGCAAAAAUAUGGGCGCUACACAGGACGAGUGUUUCUCGCUUGUGAAUCCGGAUGCUUGGAAAGAUGACGACCUCAGCACCUGGUCUUGGAGGUCUUGGCAGUAUCAGGUUUGCACACAAUGGGGAUACUUCAUCACCGGUUCAGGAUAUCCCGAAAACAAACUUCCGCUUCUAUCUCGCCUCAUCGACCUGCCUUACCUAACUCUACAGUGCAAGUACACGUUCAACAUGACUGCACUCCCCGACGUCGACCACAUCAACAAGCUCGGUGGGCUCAAUUUCAGCUAUCCUCGCGUGGCCUUUGUGGAUGGCGAAGCCGACCCUUGGCUCUACGCCGGAGUCCAUGCUCCGGAGGCGCCCAACCGCAACUCGACUGACUUGGAGCCGUUCUUGCUAGUCAAGGGUGGGGUGCACCAUUGGGACGAGAAUGGGCUGUGGGACAAUGAGACGACGGCAGAGCUCCCGCCCAGGGAGAUUCUGAAUAUACAAGCACAGGAGGUGCAAAUGAUUCAGCGGUGGCUGGGUGAGUGGAGGAGGACAAGGAACGUUGUGGAAAGGGUGCAGUUCAGGUAUACGCUGGAGGAUACGCUGGAUAAUACGUUGGAUAAUACGCUGGAGGACACGUUCGAGGAUACAGUGGAUGAUAGACUGGAGGAAAUGCUGGAGGAUAUGCUCAACGAGGCAUGA